UGCUGGUCUGCAUCGAAGAGUCUUCUUCUGGCACAUAGCACCUCUAGUAGUGGUAGUAUUCAUAAGUAAUCGGCUCAUCAUGACAAUCACAUCGCUAUUCGAUACAGUAUGUCUAGGCUACUUCGCUUCGCAUAUUCCCAUCACCCUGUUGAUGGAUUCUCAGGCCAUUGUGCCGCCAGUAUGGAUUCCAGACUUUGCAGUGGAGAUGAACAGUUGGUAUAUCAAAACAUUCAAUGAUCCCCUAAUGGCCUCACCGCCGAUUUGGUUUCAGUCGUUCAUCGCUUGCGAGCUUAUCUUUCAGAUCCCCAUAUUCUUCUUGGCCGUGUAUGGCUACUGGAACCGAUGUAACUGGAUUCGGGAUCCGCUAAUGGUGUACGGAGCACACGUUACCACCACGCUCGUCCCCGUUCUUUAUGAACUGUACAGAAAUGACCAAGUGGAGGACGGGCAGAAACUAGUACUGGCGGCGUUCUACAUACCGUACCUGAUAAUACCUUUCCUGAUCACAUUGAGGAUGUUCAUGUGCACGGUCCCAUUCCCACCCGUGGAUAUCAAGAAGUCACAAUAACUAUGAUCAGACGAAACAAACCCCUUUCUGACCGAAGCACGGGUGAGCACAAUUCGGAACUGCAAUACAGAUAUUUGACAGUGACACGCACCUGAACGGAUAUCAAGCACCGCACAAGCUCAGAGGGUACCUCAGCCUAUAAGACACGGGCUGACGAGAUGACAACUUCAGCUGUGAUUGCAGAUUAACAAAUAUAUUUAGACGAGCUCAGCUGCACGCAAGUGUUUUGCCGAACGUCGUAAUUCACGCACAUUAGUCAUGUGCAGGCUCGGAGCGAUGGGUAUCUAUGAAGGCAAGAAAGGGUCUUGACUAAUAAACAGUUCGUAGGUAGAGAUUUAACAGUAACCCGUCACUAGCAUGCCCCGUACAGAGUCCUCUCUCUCUAGUACAUCAUACGACAGGAAUAUAGUGAUACUGCCUCUUUCAAUUAAAAUAAGGAUAAAUGAAGCA